AACAAUCACAGAAUGAGAAACAGAUCAUUACUGACCUUAAAGAAAAGGAGUUGUACAUAGCCAAACUAGUGAAAGAACGAGAAGAGAGGGUCCUCAAGCAACCUAUCAAAGAGACUAGUUCCAUUGGACUACAAUUUAAUUACAUGAUCCCUUCAAUGGAUUCACUAGACUCUAGUGUCAUUAUAGCUGGACAGAAGCUCCUUAUCCUACAAGGAGACCGGUCUCACUCACUCCAGUGGGAGAAAUAUGGAUUCAGAUUAGAGUGUCCUCAAGGAGCAGUGUCCAAGGAGACUGAAGUAGCUGUUACUGCACUAGCUGGUGGUAAUUUCAAGGUACCCAAAGGUACUGUGCUAGUGAGUGCAGUAUAUGCAAUAUCAGUAUCUAAGGCACUAUUAAAACCACUGGUAAUAGAGCUACAACAUUGUGUGGAUCUAAGGAACACUAGUCAGACUGGUUGCCUCAAGUUUGUGAGAGCUCCACUGAAGUCUCCUUGCCAGUUGAAUAUAAUUAAAGGAGGAUCUUUUAGAGUUGGGAAAAGAUACGGAUCAAUAAAGCGCGAGCAGUUCUGUUGUAUGGGUAUUGUAGCUGAGAUGGGUAAUGGAGACACACCUAGUGACAGUGAGAGUGAGGAAGGUUAUGAGACACCACCUGAAGGAUUAACUGAUGACAUACAUGUACAUUUACAUAAUAAUAGUGGUAAUGGAGCAGGAGAGACUAGUGAGAGAACUUCCUCACCAAUAAUUACUGGACUAUCUCAAAAAUCAGUAACUGAUGACUCAAAUAAGAAAGUACAAGAAGUAGAGUAUAAUUUUGGUGCAUCUAAUGUUAGCAAUGAAUCAACUGAAGAUGAAGUGAAGCAAAAACCAAAUGAAGACAAAAGAGUUACUCUACUGUACACUGGAAUGAUGUAUCAUGAAAAGAAAGAAGUUAAUCAAUGGAUGACUACAUUUUCUGUUGUUAGAGAUUUAGAAGUCCUUCAGCAAUAUUUAGGCAACAAUCAUCCUGAAGUUGAAAAAGAUGGUCCAAUUGUUCCAUUUAAGUACAAUGAACCUGAUGGUGUCCUUCAGUUGUGUCUACAAGAUACUCCAUCACUUGAAUCAGGAUGGACUGUAUAUCCUGACCAAUCCCCAAUGCAAAUACAUCAAUAUGUAGUGGACAAGUUCAUAGACAAUCCUAUGUGUUCCAGUAUCCAUAUAUCAGUGUAUGCUGAAAUUGGUGUUGCUAAAAAGCCACUUCAUUGCCCCAUUAAAUUAACUGGGAUAGAUCCUUCAAAAAUAAUUUACAUCAACCGAAUGCCUCCUGCACCACAUACAAUAAACUGUACUAGCUCAAGCUCCUCUACUGCUAGUAUCAGUCAAACCAGGAGAGAGACUGAAGAAGGUACAUUUAGAUCUGAUAUUGCUCAUAGAGUAAUGACAGAAUGCACUGGAAUGAUAAAGGAAAGGGUUGGUCUGUAUCCACUGAUAGACAGGCUGGUUGAGAAGAGGAUGAUAAGUGAUGCUGAAAAAGGUCAAAUUGUUGAUACCAGCACUGGACUAACUGCAAACUAUAGAAUGGACGAGCUACUUAGUUUAGUUAAAGCAUCCAUUAGAGAGGAUGGAGAAGAUUUUGGUUUGUUUCUAGAAAUAAUUAAACAAGAGAAUACAAGAAGAGCUGAUAGACUAGCACAAAGACUAUUGGACAAUUAUAAAAGAUUAUCAUACAUGUAAUUUUUGAUUUUGAAUAAUUAAUUUUUAUUGAUUCUUAUCAA